AUGCGACCACCGACUGGUUGUCUUCCUGCCUUGUCGCCGCGCUGGCUAACGCGUGGGGCGAGCUAUCUCGUCUCCUGCUGCCGACAAUUGCGGGACUCGCCAGAUAACGACUCCCAAUCAAGUAUGUUCAACGGAAUGUACGGGGUUGCCGGACAGAGCUCAGAAAUGGCCGCUGCCGUGACGGGCGCCCAAUUUCCAGCGGGCUACCCGACUGGUAUGGAAGGCCAGCCAGGAAAUACUGGCACAGAACAGUCUGCUUACGAUCCCUACUCGGCAGCAAGCUACUAUCAAGCAGCUGCCGCAGCACAGUACUCCUCACUGAGGUGGGAAGGAGACAAUAAGGAAUCCCCUUACUCGACAGCUUCUGCUUGGCCUAAGCCAUCAACUCCUCCGACCCAAUCACCAGGAUUUUACAAUGGCCAGCCUGCCGAAACAUCGGAAACAUACAGCUCUCCAGUUCAGCCAAAAGCAGUUGAAGCAAAAGAUAAAGUCGAAGCCCCAUCCGCAGUGGCGGAAUCAGCAACAGAACCAGUCACUAUUCCAGCGGAAUCCGAACAAGCUCAGAUGGUCCCUAAGAUAGAAAAUUCUCCAGACCAGAUAAAGAUGGAACAUCAAGUUCCGUCCGGAUCUAAUCCCAAUUCGUCGCUGAAUUCCGCCGAGAACUCAUUGAUCGGAGCAAAUACUUCAUCCGUGGAGCAGUCUCCGACUAUUUCUCAAGCGUCAUUGAUGCCCCCAACUUCGAGUUUCCCCUCCUACUACGGAGCGAUGCCCGGCCAGCCCGACUUCUACGGGAUGAACAUGAACUUACCCAACCUUUCCGAUCUCGAUCGCAAAAAGAUGUCUCCACCUACCUCACUCUCCAGCCUUCCUUACCCAGGCGCACAACCAGAUAAUUCAGAGGGACGCGAAUGUGUCAACUGUGGCGCAACAUCAACCCCGCUCUGGCGAAGGGACGGCACUGGGCACUACCUCUGCAACGCAUGCGGCCUCUACCACAAGAUGAACGGCCACAAUCGGCCACUCAUCAAGCCCAAGAAGCGACUGUCGGCUGCACGACGUGCUGGUACGAGCUGUUCCAACUGCCAUACAACGCAGACUACGCUUUGGCGACGAAAUUCCAACGGAGAUCCAGUCUGUAAUGCCUGUGGCCUGUACUACAAACUGCACGGGGUUAACCGACCAUUGACAAUGAAAAAAGAAGGCAUCCAGACGCGAAACAGAAAAAUCUCGACGAAGCUGAAAAAGGCCCAGAAAGAUCAGCGAUUGGACUCGAACUUCCGAUUCCUCGACCGCUCACUCGCCUGGGGCGGCGCGUACGGCAUGGCACCAGGCGCCUUUCAUCCGGGUUUUCCUUCCAUGGCACCGCAGCACGGUCUCCCUGGACUUCCACCAACGUCAUUUGCCUCACCAAUGUCCGGAAUGGCUCUCCCUCCGCCGCCAAUGGCUCAUCACGGGGCGAUUCCAUCGCAAUCGUCGAGUGCCUCGGCUAGUGCCACUGCCGCCGCUGCCGCCUAUUCCGGCGGAUUCAGUCCCUUCUGGCAGGCCAGCUCCGCUCUUUCCCCAUCGUCGCCAAGUUCGAUGGCUUUUGGAUGA